UGCGCCAUUUUCUCGACUCAGAACGGCAAGCACAAUAAAUGGGUCCUACUUCCAAAUUUUAAUAAACACAAUUAAUUGCUGAUUUCCAUAACUGAGAGCUCAGACUUCUUGUUGCAACAUCAUUACAUCGCCUCAACAUCCUCCCUCGUCGGUUCUGGCAGACACGCGCAUUGGUGAAAGUAGGUGUUGCACCAUGUACCAGUUUCCAGUAAAAGGUUUGGAGAAGAUCCGCAGAACAAGGCGAAAAGUGAAAAAUAUUCUUGGAGAAUUUGGACUUGAAGCAUGUCUUAAUCUGGGCCAAGAACUCCAGGAAUAUUACCCAGGAGACAAUAUUUUUGAUGCUACAGACUGGUGCAAUUUAUCAGAUGGGUUUGAUGGCCGAUGGAGAAAGAAGUGGGAAUAUCGGACACAAGGAUUGUGCUGCACCUUGUGUGACUUCUCCACAAGGUCUUGGCAUACAUACAAAACCCAUGUUCAGCGCUACCAUGAUGAAGAAGAACACAUGUGCAAGCUUGCAGCCUGUGCUUCCUGCCCAUUUAUAGCACACCCCAGAUUGGUCUGCAAGCAUCUCAAGUUGUUCCACAAUGAAGAUACAAAGUCAGAAACAUCUGCAGCCCCACAGCUGCCUCCAAGAGCUGUGAAUGGCACCACAUUUCAGUGCCGAAGAUGUCAUAUACAAGAUACUCUUUUGUACAGCGUGAAAAAGCAUGUUCUUCUAUAUCACUACACUUCCACGUUGAAUAAAUAUGCUGGUCAAAGAACGGAGCAGGAACUUGUGGCUCUAGGAGACCGGUCUCAGAAGUUCUACUGCAAAAAGUGUUACAUAUCGGCUGAGUCAUCCGAACACUUGCUGUACCAUCUUCUGACCUCAGAUAAGCACAAGGAACUAGAUGUGCAUAUCAGAUCUUUAAUUUUUGAAACGGAUAAUAAGAAGCAGUUCCCAGCUCUAGCACCAAAAGCACAAGGGCCUUCUCCUGUCAUGAUGAUGAAAGAUCAGCCAGCGGCGACUGCUACAUUGGCCACUAGUGGAAUUAAAGGAGUGGAAAAUGGUGGUUCUGCAGUCAUUGCUGCUCCUGGAACCAGCCAGGCAUUUCUUCCAACUCAAGCUUCUGCUCUUGUUCAGCUUGCUAGUGCUGAAGCAAAGGGUUUACUGAGGCCUGGAGUCCCAAUGCCUUUUCAGAACACUCAAAUGUCCAGACCUGCUCUACCUCCUCCUCCUCCUCCUAACAGCAUUCCUCCAAACCAGAUGCCUGUCAGAGUAGGCCUACCUAAUCAGUCACAACUACAACCAGUUUCCCGCCAAAUUGUCCUACCACCAGGUGUUCGGCUUAACGUGCCUGGUGUUAGGCCACCGGCUCCACAGUCCUUUUCUGCUAAUCCAAGGCUUCCUCUAAAUCAGCCACCCUCUGGAGGAACCAUGCUUACCUCUCAAUCUCUUUUGAGCCACUUGAUCCCCACUGGCAACAAAGUUGACGGCUUGCCCACCUACACACUUGCACCUUUGCAGGUCCUGUCAGUCCAGGCAAAUAACUCCCAAGGAGUCAGCAAACCACAAUUGCCUGCAUCCCAGAACAAUCCAGCUGCUCAGCAAAUCAAACAAAACAGCGGUUUAUCCACCCCCAAGCAAACUAAAAAGUGGAUCACAUGCCCUAUUUGUAAUGAACUCUUCCCAUCUGAUAUCUACGAGUCCCAUCCAGAGGUUCACAAAGAGGCAGCUAAAUUGCCCAAGGUUGGCCUUGCUGCUCGUGCUCCAUUUUUGAAAAAGAUGCCAGACAAGACGGUGAAGUGCUUGACAUGCAAGAUCCUGAUUUCGGAAAAGGGUGUCUUUGAACACCUGCUUCAUGGCAUGAACUGCUUGUUUUGUUCAGGGCUCUUCUACUCCAUCAAGCAACUUGUCGACCAUAUUCAGAUAGAACAUAAUGUGUCCCGAAAGAGCAACUGUGAUUUCAUGAGGCGUGAAUACAGACUGUAUACUGAUGAUUCAGGGAAUCUGCUUUUCCCUUACUUCGACAUCAGGACCACAGCUCCUAAACUAAUAAUGGGUGAAAAGGAGCUCAAUCUUGCAUUGGUCACAAGCUCCCUUGAUUUGAUUUUUGUGAAGAUGUUGCCCAACAAUCCUCAGGGUGUUAACCAGCAAUACACCCCAUGCAAGAUGCCUACACCCAAGCCUGACAGUACAGAGUGCCCCUUCUGCUCGGAGAAGCUUCUGAACAAAGAAUGCUAUCACAUGCACCUCAAAGAGAAGCAUUUCAUUGUGCCCACUUUGCAUGCUAUACUUAAAACCCCAUCCUACAGAUGCCUCUACUGUGGUGGUGUGUACACUGGAAAAACCACUACCAAGGCCAUCAUUGUCCACUUGGCUAAAUGUCGCAGUGCACCGAAGAGUGUCAGAGAGAGCGAUAAACUGACUUUAGGAUUAGCUGUUACUCCCAAAGCAAACCGAGCACAUGGUUCAUAUCCGGCUCAUCCAAGACAGAUUACAGGUCCAACCCCAACUUCAGCUCAAGCUUCUGUUCCUUCCACUCAGCCACCAGAAUCUGAAGCAGAGAUGCAGAGUAAGAUGCGCCUGGAAAUAGCCUUCAGAGAAGCAAUGGAGGCGAAUAGAAAAGAGCGCGAGGAACGAUUGGCAAGAAAGAGAAAACUUGAGCGAGAUAGGCUGGCUGGUCUGACCCUCCCCUCACCUGAUAUGGUAGUCGAUCCUACUGUAAAAUUAGCAUUGGAUCCUGCCGGAAUGGAGUUGCGUACUUUUGAAGAUCGGCGAGAGUUUGUCAAUAAAUACUUCAACACCCAGCCUUACCCUCUCAAGAAGGAGAUUAUUGCCCUGAGUGGCCGUUUACUGCUUAACAAAACUGACGUUGCAUGCCAGAUUAGCUCUAAGCGUACCAGAUGCAUGAAGAACAUACAGAAGAUGAAGGCUGUGGUACUUUUAGGCUUCAACAUGACUGAGGUCAUUAAACUGAAGCAUGACCUCCUCAUCCCAGAGAUUGAACCAGAGAAGGUGGCCACCGUGGCAGAUACAGAUAUGGAGGUUGACCAGGAGUAGCUUUACAGCACUAAUCAAGACAAAAGAGGACUUGCAAUGCAAGUUUUACUGAAAGACUGAACCAGUAUGUGUUCCUUGAAACAAUGCAAAAUAUGUUCCAUUUUCACCGAAACUAGUGUUAAACUGUUAAUCAAGUAGAUUUAAGCAGGUAAAAAUGUGUUGAAUUUUGGCUGCUGUUCAUAAUCUUGUGAAUACUUCCUUUUAAAGUAUACAUGCAUUGCUUUUCCACUGAUGCAUCACUUCAAGUAGGUCCAUGUUAAAAUAGAUGUUUGUAGCCCGUUUAUAGUUGUAGGGUUGAAAAUGUUUGUGAUUUAUACUUUUCAUAUAUGCCAAACCUCAUAAACUAUUUUUGUGAUAUUUUCUUCAUAUAUUUGUUGGAAUUUAAAAGUUUAUAAACUUAACUGUUCCCACUUUUCUUUUA